AUGUCGAAUCAAGAAUACAAACCUCCGGAAGGUCCGCCGCCAGGCGUCGCCUCGCCUCCUCCUGUCCACCAUGAUGCCGGUCCAUACAAUGAGCGAGGGGUGAUGCCGUACCAAAAUUAUCCUCCUCCUCAAGAUCCAAAUGGUUAUUACGGUCCUCCACAGGGUUGGAAUCAAGGUCCAUGGCCUCCGCAAGGGCCUCAGUCAGGACCAUAUGGGUACUACGGGCCACCUCAGCAAGGCAUGUACUACCAGCAACCACCACCAGUCACAUAUGUCGAUCGGAGGUCAGAUGGCGCCGGAGAGGGUUGUUGUGCCGCUUUACUCGCCGCGCUGACUUGCUGCUGCUGUCUUGAACUCUUGUUCUAG